AACAAAUACAUAUAUAUACUAUACGUCGUGACAGCCUGGUCUUCCUGGUACCUCCCCAAUUUCAUCUCAUCUCUUAUCAAAGUCUCUAGGAUGGAUAAAGACAUACGACAGCGCUUCCAACAAGCGGAGGACGCCCUACUUGAUUCAAUUUCAAUCGGCGAAGCCUCCUUGAUGUCGUUCGAGACAUCUUGGGAUUCAUUAUACGCUGAUUAUUCCCGUUGUCUGUCCGCAGGAGAACUAUCCGACGAAACUAUAUCAAUCGCGAACUCGGUGGCUUCAAGGGUCGUUAUCAUCACAAACUGCUUCUCCGACUUACACAAAAACACACAAAGAAUCAAUGAACCUAUUUUCUUGAUGACUUGGAGAGCAUUCUGCGUGGCCUUAAUCGUGUCAGCAUUUCGCCUCCAUCAAUACCUACAGCACAAAAUGCACAACCAGCGGAAUCAUCCCUCCCCCUCUUCAUCGAAACCAGCGUACAAAUGGCUUCUUACUAAUAUCAACAACCCUUACCCGUCCUCUGAUACCAAAGCAAGUAUUGCCAGCAGCUCUGGAUGUCCCGUGAGUUCCGUUGGUGCUUGGUUCAUAAGCGCUCGUCGUCGCAUCGGCUGGACCACCAUUUGCCGCAAACACUUCAAAAACUGCCGAGCUGACACUGUUGAUGCUGCUUCUCAUGCUCUGGUCAAAGAAGACUAUGCCCGUCAGAUGAAGGCUGCUACACAGGAUCUUUACGCCUCUACUUUUACCAAAAGCGCGCUUGCAGGUGAGCUAGACGCAGUGGUCAAGGAUAUGACAGAGGAGGACAGGUUGCAAUUGGAGCGGGAGAAGAAAGAGCGUGCACGAGAGGAAAAGAAACGACGCGAGGAAGAAAAAGAGGUGCGGAGAAUCCAAAGAGUGCUUGAUAGGGAGGCCCAGAAGGCGCACACAGCUUUUGCUUCGUGUCCAUCUCCCAGACACUCGCUCUCUGCAUCUCCCGUUCCCACUCUCGAGGAAUCCUGGACAGACGAGAGUGAAGACGAGGAAGACGAUUUCAUUCCACCCGUUCUCGCUGGUCGGAAGCGGCGUGCUUCUGUAUCCUCUGAAUCAACUGAUCCUGGACGAUCUUCAUGUCCAGAACGUCCGAUGAAACGCCUUCGGUCUAAUGCGAAGGUCCCGACCCCCUUUGCGGAUACUUCCGCCUUGCCAUCGCCCCCAUCAAGUAGCGGUGGUGUGGAUGGCAGGUCUUCACGAAAGCGACGGCUAUCAGACGCUGAUGUCCACUCUGUGCCCAAGCGUCCGAGAGGCCUCCAUGUCGGACCCCGUGUUCAUACAGCAUCCAUUCCUCUCGGGUCAAACAUCGAUAACUGGUUCCAGACAAAUUUCUUCGAGAUUCCUGUUUUGCCCCUGUUGACAUUUGAAGUAUACAACGGAUACACAUUCCCUGAUAACCAAAUAAAUCCAUUGAACAAAAUUACAUCUUUCGAGGCAAAAUUGGUCAAUUUGGAGGUUCCUUCGCACGCUCCCAUUCCUGCACCUGAUCUAGGUAAUCUCGACAAUUUUAAUUUCUUCAAUGCGAUGUCCACAAUCCCUCCCGAUUAUUCUGGCGAGGUAGUUUGGGGCCCUCCACAGCAAUUGACACUAUUUUUUCAGCCGCCAGUCGACCUCGUAGACCUCGUUCCUUCGGACCCUUUCAGCUGGACGGAUCUCUUGAACUCUGAACAACCCUUCUUGUCCGACAUUAAUCAAUUCUCACUGCCAUCAUCUUGCGAUGACUUCUCACAGCUAUUACCAGAGAUUGAUCUCUCUGUGCUCCAGCUUCCUCCGUUGUUAUAUGCUCCUCCACAACCUCAGCCUUCUUCACUUGCUGAUAGUGCUCGCUUGGCGAAGCUGGAGCAACUUCAGCUUCUAAGAGAACAAACACGACUACUAGAGCAGGACCUAGCGGUGUCUGUGUAUGUGUUCUUGUUCCCUGAUGGUUACUUUGUUUGCUGA